CGCACCCAGGGGGGGGCUUUGGGGGCUUAAGCCCCCCCCAAGGACCUGAUAUAUCCGACUAAUAAAUACUGUAUGUGACUAAUCAUUCGUUAUGUAUCAUCAUAUAUGUUUUAUCGUACUUUUAUAAACUAUAAUGAAUGGUAACGUUAAACCUAUUUAUUAAAGUAACACAGAUUAAAUCAUAGAAAUCAAGAGUUGUGAAACAAAUAUUUAGACGUAUGUAUUCACAGUAUAACUGCCUGCGCUGCUGUGUUAGCUCCCUCCAUUCCAUCCUGCUCUAUGGCGAUGACUACGUGCCGUUGCCAUGGGCGACCAGCUCUAGUUUCCACAACUCUCACCAGACGCGCCCGUGCCCGCCCCGGCAGUGAAUUUGUCUUUUGUCCAGUUGACAGUCGUAGUUUUAUCGAAUUGCAGUAUAGUGUGUGUUAUGGGUUGUCUGGCUGUCAAGUUCAAGCUGUGUUUGUGGUCUAGGUCUGACAAAUUGGUUGGACAGUAGUCUAGUAAGUUAUGGGUGAUAAAAGAAAAGCUAGUAUACAAAACUAUUUUAAACCGUUGAAAUGCCACAAAAAUAUUUCGGCAAGUAAGGAGCUGCCUACAUGUGCUGAACAGCCUGAGUUUGUGUUGGAGGAUGUCUCGGGAGCUAACGUAAGAACUCUGCAGUCCGAUGUAAGUCAAAAUAACUUAGACAUUGCUUUGUUUAAAACAAAAAAAUUGACAGACAGUGAAAAGUUAAAAGUGUUGAAUGACAGAUGGGUCCCUCAAAGUAGUUUUAACUUUCCUUACAGAACGUACGGGACUCAACAACGAAAAUUUUUGUUUUCAUGGCUAAAUAAAUAUACUUGGCUGUCUUAUUCUGGAAUUGAAGACUCUGCAUACUGUGUUCAUUGUAUGCUUUUUUCCAAAAAAGAAGUAGGCAAGAGUAACGCUCAACAUACUGGCCAACUUGUUGAGGAAGGUUUUUCUAACUGGAAAAAAGCAUUAGAAAAAUUUGAAAAGCAUGCAGCCUCACAGUACCACAAGGACUCUUGUGUAAGCGCAGCUAACUUUAAAAGAGUAAUGGAUAGUGAAAUCAAAUCAAUCGACAAAUCCCUUGAUAAAGGGAAAGACCUUCAAGCCCAAAACAACGUGAAAAGAAUCCUUCCGAUAAUAGACACUAUUAUUUUGUGUGGAAGGCAAAAUAUUGCUCUUAGGGGCCAUAGAGAUUAUGGCGAGUUUGAUAUAAAUCGUAGACCUGCCGAGAAUGAGGGUAACUUUAGAGCACUGCUUAGAGCCAGAAUUGAAGCGGGGGAUCAAGAUUUAAAAAAACACUUUGAAUCAUGUGGAAAAAAUGCUACGUACAUAAGUUGGAACUUCCAAAACCAAAUAAUUGAUGCUUGUAACCAGAUCAUAACUGAAAAAAUAGCAACUAAAGUUAAAGAGGCUAAGUUUUUUAGUAUUCUCGCAGAUGAAACGUCCGAUGUUUCAACAAUUGAACAGUUUUCGUUGUGUCUACGAUACGUAGAUUCUGAUGCAUCAAAUAAUUACCAAAUAUGUGAGCAAUUUCUCAAGUUCAUGCCACUAACCUCCACAACCGGUAGGGAGUUGGCAAAAACUGUAAUAAAAGGACUUGAAGAUAGUAACAUUGACGUCAAUAACCUACGUGGCCAGGGGUACGAUGGAGCGGCUGCCAUGAGUGGGAAGUUUAAUGGGACCCAAGCCUGUAUCCAAGAAGCUCACCCCACAGCAAUAUUUGUGCAUUGCGCUUCUCAUAGCCUUAAUCUGGCAUUAUCAAACGCUUCUGAAGUUGCACCUAUCAGAAACUGUUUCGGAAUAGUAGAGAGGGUGUAUAAUUUUUUCAACACUCCUAAAAGACAAGCCGUUUUACAACAGUGUAUUGCAUCGGAGAUAAAUGUUGAAACCAACAGGAAAAAACUGCUACAACUUUGUCCAACAAGAUGGGUGCAAAGGCAUGAUGCCGUCUUUGUCAUGAAGGAGCUUCUUCAACCAGUUGAAGUAGCGUUGGAGGAAAUAAAAAACUGGAGUGAUAGAGACUCUUCUUCUGGAACUCUUAUUUUACUCAGCUCUUUACGUCAAGGCGAAUUCAUCAUUUCUCUCUUGGCAUCAGACAAGCUCCUUGGUUACACUGUAAACCUAAGCAAAAAGCUGCAAGGAAGUGAUUUGGAACUAUCUUCUGCAAUCACACAUGCUGAAACUGUACUUGAAAGCCUAAAAUCCAUAAGAACAAAUGCGGAUGAAGAGUUUCACUCCUUGUUUGAAGAGGCUACCCAUAUGGCCAACAACUUUGGAUGUAAAAUCUCCAUGCCCCGAACAGUUGGCAGACAACAAAAUAGAAACAACACACCAGCAGAUACGCCUGAAGUGUACUACCGGCGAUCUAUUUUCAUCCCUUGGAUUGAAUCUUUGAUAAGUUCUUUGGAAUCCCGAUUCAUGAAACAUAAAGACAUAUUGAAGGGGUUUGAGUGUCUGAUGCCUACAGCCGAUGGAUCACGUGGAAAGGAAGAAACCUCAAAACUUAAUUAUCUGCAGCUGUGUUGUUUUUAUAAAAAUGACAUAAUUGAAAGUGGUGGGAACAACGAAAGCCUGCUCAAAGCCGAGUUUGAGUUGUGGCACAACAGCUUUAAGACCCACACCAACACACCAAGAAAUGUAAUUGAUUUGUUGAACUUGUGUGAUAAGGACAUGUUUCCUAACAUCCACAUAUUGUUGAAAAUAUUGUGCACUAUCCCUGUAACUACGAGUACAGCAGAAAGGUCGUUCUCAACAUUACGUAGACUCAAGACCUAUCUAAGGAAUACCAUGGGUGCUAACAGACUGAGUGGACUGGCGGCUUUGAAUAUUCACCGUGAAAUAGAAGUGACCAAUACAGAGGUAGUUUCUGUUCUCAAAAAAUCGACCAGACGUCUAGAUUUUGUCUUGUAAAUAUUUUAACUUUAACUUACAUCUCAUUUUGUAAUCAUUAAAUUUACAUUUGUAAUUUAAAUGUAUUAUUUCUUUCCUUGAAAACUUAAAACUAAUUAAUGACAGUCCAACUUAUUCCAGGAUGACAUUUCAUAAUAAAAAUCAAUAUAAAGCUUUAACUUGUAAUUUUAAUAAGGUUUUAAUUGAGCUAAAAGCUGGUUUAAUGUAAUAGUAGCCUAUUAACUUAAAUUUUUCUCUAAUAAGAUUAACUUGUAGUUGAUUAUGAAACAGGCCACAGACAGUUGGUUUUAGCUUACUCAAUUAUCUAAUGAUCAUGUAAUACAGUGAUGUACCAAAUGUUACAUUAUUGUAGUUCGAUAUGUUAUAGGCCAACUAAUUAUAUAUUACUGGUCAUUGAAGGUCAUGUAAUGGAAAACUAUAGGCGUACAUUUUAUACUUGGGAAGCCGAAGCCCCCCCCAAACCAAAAUUCUGGGUGC